AUGCCUCGGGUUGUGAAACCUGCACGCGCAAAUCAUAAAACUGCUACAACACCGCACAAACAAGCCAAUCAAUCGCCCUUAAAGAUCCCCCUCAAUGACGACCGACAAGAGAAGGCGGCGCGCCUUCAAUCUCGACAAGCUCUCCACGAUCUACAGAUGAACUCAUUGAAAGCCGCGGCUUCUCCAGUGCGAAAGCUGAACAAUUACGACGGCGCAGCCAGUGACAGUCCCAAAACUCCUCGGACCCAGAUAGCAAAGGGCAAGGAGAAUAUCGAAGAUGGAGGUCUUUCGGUUGUUGCUGCCAGUGCAAUGACACCGAUAAAGCGAGUCCCGAUUUUGGCGAACUUCGAAGAAUGGAUGAAAAUGGCCACCGACAAUAAGAUAAACGCGACGAACUCCUGGAACUUUGCCCUAAUUGACUACUUUCACGACAUGUCGUUGCUUAAGGAGGGAGACGGUGUCAACUUUCAAAAAGCUAGCUGUACUUUGGAUGGCUGUGUGAAGAUUUACACGAGCCGAGUAGACAGCGUCGCAACGGAGACAGGGAAAUUGCUGAGCGGCUUGGCGGAAAGUGGUAAUAAAAAGACGCAUCGUGGUGAAGAACAGGGUGAAGAUGCUGAAGGUGGAGAAGACGAGGAAGACGAAGAUGGCGUGAGAAAGAAAGCGAGGAAAAGAACACAACGUUCAUCAGAGGCGACACUAGCACCAUCCUUUACAUCAUUGCAGCUGAAGAAGUUUGAGCUCGAAUUCUCUGUGGAUCCUCUCUUCAAGAAGGCUUCAGCGGACUUUGACGAAGGCGGUGCAAAAGGCUUGCUUCUCAAUCAUCUAGCAAUCGACUCCACUGGCCGGAUCGUCUUCGACAGUAGCGAUGAUGCAGGAGACGCAAGUGCGGAAGGCGAAAGCACUAGGAGGAAAAGUGGCGCGGAAGCAGGUGAACAUGAUGCAGAUACACCUGAGGUCGGGAUGGAGCAGCCAGAUAUACCAACCAACGCUAAGCAGAGCGAUAUCGACAUCGAUGCCCUAGGAGUCAAAUUCUUUCCCGACCUAGGAUCAUUGGAUGAACAAGAUAUAUGUCCUUCGCUGAAGAACCUCGACCUAGGCAAUCCGGUUGGGUCUUUAGACAUUCCGUUUUUGAAAGCACCGGAAGACUGUCGGCAAGAGAAGCAAAACCCUGUAUCUGGGGGCCUCGGCGAUCAGACUGGCAUAUUUCUUGAUGGCGACAACGUUGCUGGAUUUGAAGAUGAUGACGGGAUUCUUGGCGGGUAUGAGGUCGGUGCCGAUGCCGGCUUUGGGGAAGGGGGUGAAGCAUGGGCGAAGAACGCUGCCAUUGACCCUCAAAUGUAUCUUGGAGACAUAGGUUUCGAAGAAGCAGCCAUUGGAGUAGGCCAAGUGGGAGAAGGUGUAGGGGUUGGCGACUUCGAUCCUGACAACAAUCAAUACGCUGUAUCCUUGCACCACAAGAAAAUGGAAGGGGGUCACGAGGAUAUUCUCAAUUAUUUCGACAAUGCAUUGCGGAAGAAUUGGGCUGGACCAGAGCAUUGGAGGAUACGGAGGAUUAAAGACCUCAGUAAAGCUUCUGCACCAGCUCAAUCGAAGCGGAAAGAGAAGGAACCCUUUGAGAUCGACUUCGCAUCUCCCCUGAGUCCAGCUCUGGCGGAGAUGCUGUAUACCCCGGCGAGUUCCAACGCGGCUAUCUCCUUGCCUAAAACGCAAUGGAAAUCUAAGACGCGGAACCUCCUACCUGAUGACAAGCACUUUAAUUCGCGGCAGCUCCUACGACUGUUUCUCAAACCUAAAGCGCGGAUGGGCUCGCGAAGAUAUGGACCGAGAUGCAAGGGUCGGACGACAUCAAGGCAAGAAGAAGUACCGGAGAAUGAAGUGGACGAAGCGUUCUGGGCGCGGAAGGAAAAUGUAGCAAAUCAGGCCUCGCCGGACGAAGAAGCGCCACAGGGCAAUUACGACGCCAAUUUCUUCCAAGACGAUGGACUUGGCUUCCCCAAUGGUCUUCCAGACGAUGAUGAGGAGUUUGCGGACGCUAGAGAAGCGUUCUCGCCAGCUUUAGGAGGUGAUGCUGGGGUCGGAAGCCAGGGCAUUGCAGGUGCCUUGACCGGCACUGAAGAAAGCCAGGAAGGUGCUUUUGGGACGCAGCUUGUGACGCAAAGUCGACGGCUACGGCCAGAAUACGUGCAGUAUGCCCGUGUAGCGAAAAAGGUUGAUGUGCGAAGAUUGAAAGAGGAGAUGUGGAGAGGCAUUGGAUUCGUAGAGAAUCCCUCUCAAGCACCCGCUCCCUCUGAGCCUCCAACGAAAUCUAACGAAGCCCCCCUGAAGUUCACGUCUGUGAUGAAUAAACUUCAGCAAGUGUAUCCCAAGCAAGCCAUGGCUGACAUUUCGACGUCUUAUUGCUUUAUAUGUCUCCUGCAUUUGGCCAACGAAAAGGGACUCACAUUAGGCAACGAGCCAGGCCUGGAGGAGCUAAGUAUAGAGAAAGACUUGACCGCUGAGAUCACUGAAGGUGACUAA